UGGAGCCGUCCGCUCCGAUCGGCGCCGCCCGCCCGGGCGGGUCCGGGGCCGCCCCCUCCUUCUCCCCGCAGCGCAUUCGCCGCGGGGCCCCCCUCCUGUGACGUCAGCGCCGCCUAAAAAAGCGCCCCGGCAGGCAGGCAGGGCACCGGCUGGGCAGCGGCCGCAGCGGCGACAGCGACGGCGGCGACAGCAGCAGCGCGCCCCGCCGACAUGGUGUCCCCCGUCACCGUGGACACUUUUAACAAGAGUCAAAACCCAUGAGCUCUAAGUCUGCAGUGCAACGGAUAGCGGGAAGGAACGACACAAGGAGGCAUGGUCCAUGGAGAGGAUCAAGCCAGGACUGCUUGUUUGUGCUGGCUGCCAGGUGAAGAGUGAAGGCCCCAAACUUGUCCCCUUCUUUAAAGCCACAUGUGUCUAUUUUGUCCUCUGGCUGCCAACUUCCAGCCCCUCCUGGUUCAGUGCCCUCAUUAAAUGUCUGCCCAUCUUUUGCCUGUGGGUUUUCCUUCUGGCUCAUGGGAUUAACUUCUUAGUGUCACACCGGAGUGCCAGCCGCAUCCUAGCGGGACUCAUAUUCUCGGCAGUGGGAGACGCCUUUCUCAUCUGGCAGGAGCAAGGCUACUUCAUUCAUGGUCUGCUGAUGUUUGGCAUCACACACAUCCUGUACUCUUCAGCCUUUGGCAUGAAGCCUUUGGACCUCAAAGCCGGCUUGCUGAUGGGCGUCGUUUCCAGUUCCUGCUAUGCCUUCCUGUACUCCUACCUCUCGGGUCCGUUCACCUACCUGGUGGCCGUCUACAUCGCCCUCAUCGGCUUCAUGGGCUGGCGGGCGGUGGCGGGCGUGCAGCUGUGCAACGACCUGUGGACGUGGACCAAGCUGUCGGCCUGCGUGGGCGCCAUGCUCUUCAUGGUGUCGGACCUGACCAUCGCGCUCAACGAGUUCUGCUUCCCCGUGCCCUACUCGCGCUUCAUCAUCAUGGCCACCUACUACGCGGCCCAAAUGCUGAUCGCGCUGUCGGCCGUGGAGACCAGAGAUGAAGAGGACUUCAGGAAGAGGAGCUAGGUGGAGUGCCAACAGGCUGUGAACACAUGGGUUAUAUCUCAGGUGCUGUAGCUGCAUUCACCCCUGAGAGAGAUCUCCAUUUCUCUAGGCACACUGGUGAUGUUGAUUUUGCUUCUUUGAAGCAUUACCUUUGGGAAUUACAUUAUUUUUCAUUGGCUUUCUCUGAAUACAGCUUACUUCAGUGUGGAGUCCACAUCAGAAAGCUUAGACUGUCCCUGCAGUAGUUACUCAUUCCACUUUUCUUCCUUGGAAAUGCUGUACUACUGCAUUUUACUUGUUAGUUUUGAAAUUGAUGCAGAAUGUCUGGGAAGAAGAGUGCUGGUGGAAAGGAGGUUUGGCCAUGCACUGUGCUAAAAGGCUCGUUCUUGACUGUAGGCAGACAGGCACAGAUCUCUGCUAAAGUCAUAGGUAACAAUUAAUUUAAUUGAUGUUUGUCUCUUUUUGUGCAUUACAGUAUGCAAACUGGAGCUAUUCCUCUACUGACAGGAAGCUCGGAGGGAGAAUAAAAAGAGCAUACCCAGCUGUGAGCUGAGCUCUGGAGUCAAUGGCAGCGUGUGGGGCAGUACCCAGCAGAGGCAGCAUGAAAGCAGAACCCCAGGCUGAGGGCACACAGCGAGAGGUGUGCUGGCAGUGCUGUGUGCUUUGAUUGCAGUGCUCACUGCUCCAGGGCAGGUCUCUAGGUGCAGGUCAGCAUUGCUGCCUGUGGCAGAGCUGUAGAGAUGUGGGGUAUCAGGGACAUCUCAGUGUUGUCCCUGUGCACAUAGUUACAUGGUGCCUGCAGCCACCAGUGAAAUGUAAUGGGCACAUGAGGAACUUUGAUUUUUAAAGCAGAACUUACUAAUUGUCUUACUUAGUGUAUGUCCUAAUAAUCCUUACUAUAGCAGACAGGCAUCUAAUUUUUAUGCCUUUUUUCUCCAAUGUCCUAACAAGUAAUAUUCCAUGUACCCAUUAAGUUUUAGUAACACUUCCAGUAGUACUUUUAGUACUGCUGCCUGCAGUAUCUUAAACCUUUGUGUGAGCAUUUCCUGUGAUCAAGGCCUGAUUUUGGAUAUAGAUUGCCACGUUUUGCUGGUGGAAAACGAUCCUCUUUGCACCACUUCUUUUUUCAUCAGAAAGUCCCUUUUCAGCAGAGCUUCCUGAAAAGCACUGUCCUUUGUGUUCAACACGCCUGCCACUUCCUUCUCAAACUCACAUGAACUCACAUAGAACCCUGCUAGCUUUUUUUGUUGUGAGAGGUGCUGAGUGGGUCUCCUGUUCCUCUCCAGCCUCACCUGGUGUGUCUGGCAGGGAAUAGACAUUGCCUCCCCACGACUUCUCCAUCAGAGCAAAUGCAGCCAGAAUUACAGAAAUCUGGGUUAACAUCCUGACCCCGUGGGGGCAUCUGCUGCCUUUCAGACAGGGAUCAGAAAGGUCAGCUGCAUUAUGGAGAGGGAAAGCACUGUAGGUGGCAGAGCCCUGUGUAAUCCCUUCCCUUUAAUGCUGUUACGUAAUACUGUCAGUAUUCAUUCACUGGCACAUGGGGGCCUGCCUGGAGUAAACAGCUAAGGGAAUUUAGAGCCAUAAACCAUUUUCAUUCAUCAGCGUUGCUUAUCUCCUGGCCAUAGAUUGAACCCUGCAGUGUAGCUCUCUGCAGAUGUCACCUGCUUUGCUCAGCUUGGUUGUUUGCAAAUCUCCUCCUGCGACAAAGUGACCCAGCUGAGAGGAAGUCUAAGCAUUUGGGGUGAACCCCACCAUCCUCCCAGCAUGUGAGCUAACAGCACACUGCAGUCUUUGAAACCCAGCUCCUUGGCAUGGGUCACCACACUCAGUCCUUAGCUGGCAGUUCUUCAGAGGAGCUCCCCCACAUCCUGAAGCUUUCCUUUGCUUUGAGGAAAAUGCUUGUGUGAUAAAGUAAGCUUUAUUUAAAAGUCUUGAGUUUUGAUUCUCUUUUUUCCCUCUCUAGAAACAAGUAGUCUUGAACAGCCUGAAAACAGCUGAGUUGCUUUUCUGUGUGCUUUUUCUUCUUGGCUUGCUUUGCUGUCCUGCUGUACCAUCAGCCACUGGAUACCUGCAGAAAACAGUCUUGAUGUGUCUCCUCUCGACCACUGGCCAUCAGAGGUGCAGUUUCUGGUGGGACAGCAGAAACUUGUGCAGCCCAAGUGGGCUGUUGUUCCCUUGCUGUCCUGGAACAGGUCACCUGGAGUGACCUGGCUGGGAGACAUUGGCCAGUCACACUGCCUCCAUCCCGCUGCUGCAAUAGCUUCAGCUUUCCCAGGAACAUGAGGCAGAGCCCUCAGCAUACAAAGGAGAGUCCUGCUUGUCUUGGAGGUUUGCUGGCAAAGGCUCUUAAUCUUCAAAAUCUCUCUCUGGCUCUGCAUUCCUCUUUCUAAUCCAUAUUACUUGAACGAGACCAUUUUCCGGGAGGCUCUUUCCUGCUGGGAAGAGACCAGCUGCUGUGGACUGUGAUCUGACACAAUUUUGAGAUGCCUAAAUCCUGAGAAGCAGUAAGCAGUUGCUGGCACUCUGUUAAAUAACUUCUCCUGGGAUUAAAACUGUUCCCUCAACCCCCAGCGAGGGCAAUCUUCACUUUGAAAUAGUGAAGAUUUUCACUAUUUCACACUGCUGUAUCCAAACAUCCUUCUGCAAACCCUGUCUAUGGUCACUUGAGCUUACAUACAUGGUUUGGUUACUUUCUGUAGUUAUCAUCCUCUUGGAGGUCCUUUGGCUCUUUAAUUGGACAUAUAAAAGAUGCAGCAUGUUUACUUCAGCCUCUUUCUGUAGGCAGAUCCUCCUUGCACAGAACUCCCAGGGUUAGUCAGAGAAGCAGUGCUAAUUGCAACUUGUUUUUAGGUGCUAGUAAUGCUGUGUCACAGGGUGAUGCUCAUGUAGAAAUGGCAGGUCAAGAAGAACAAAGCCAGAGGAUUUUAACUUUAAGCUUUACUUUUACUCUGUGCUGGAUACCUGGCUUCUUACUCCUCCCCAGUGAGGCAUCUGUAAGACUGAUUGGUUUAAGGAUUACUCUAACAUGGCUUUUGAGUAGAUUGUUUGAAGGUUUCAUGUUAUCGUCAGUGGAGGCAAUUUAUACAUUUUUACACAAGUUUAUAAAACUCCCAGGAGGAACUUGGCAGUUUUUAGUGGCUCUUCAAAGUUUUCCAGUCCUGUAGUUUGACACUAACACCUGCGUUUUCAUCUUCCUAUUGUGGUAUUUUUGGGAGCUGUUCUGGAAGAAGCAGAUCAAAACAAACAGCAACUGUAGAUUUCAGUGGCUGGUGCCUAUUUCUCUUUGCUUGGUUUCUGAAUACAGACAGGUGGUCUUUUAAGCAGAAGCAUCAUAACUGUGUUUUUGGAAGAGGAUGGGAAGUUGCUGACUUCUCAUGACAGAAAUCGUCCUGCCUUUUAUCCACAUUUGCUCCUUUUGUGGCCUUGGGUGAGUCAGAUUUUCUGGGGCCAGGUCCACAUGUGGUGUAUGAGGACCAGUGCAAUGCCAAGUUAUCCCGGCAGGAGACCAGGCCCUCACCCCGUUCUAAAAUGGAGAUAUUACCCCUUACCCACCUCACAAGGAUAUUGUGAGGAUUGAUGCUCAUACAGCACUUUGAAGAUGUCAAGUGCUAUGUAAGUCACAAGUAUUAUCCAACUUUAAUGUUAAAAUUGCUUCUAAGCAACACGGAAUAUGUGGCUGCCUUUUCAAUUUGCAUCAGAUAGAAAAAAAUUGCAAAAUAUUUAUUCAUGCUGGUUAACAGGAUGGGCUCAGCUAAGCUUGAACUCUGAGGGAGGUUUAGCUUAAAAAUCUGAACUCUCUAAUUUCAGUUUUGCAAAUGAUUUUUAGUUCUUCUAAAACCCUUGACCAAAUUCUUAGCUGUGAACCUUGCAUCCAGCUUUUGCAGUCUAGUCUUGUCCCCCACUGUUAGCUAGAGUAAAUAUAAUCCAGCCAAAACAGAGUGCCUCACAGUCUGCUGUGGCUUUUGAAAAAGCUGGAACAGAAAAUGAAGUCAUUCUGUUCAGCCUUCAGUCUGCAGAAGGUCAGCUGGGUUUCAUGAGAUAACUUUCAAAGGGAUGUUUAAUUUCUCUGAUUGUAAGUUUCACUGGCUUUAAAAUCAGCAGAGAGAGAAAGCCUUGAUGGAAUCAAUAAGGUCGGCAUAUCCUUCUUGGAUUCCUUUUUUUCACCCAAAUGAAGGAAGCAGUGGGUUUUGUAGCAAAGGAAGUGCUUGUACCACCAGUCCCUUGGCCCAGAACAAAAGCUGAUCUAGAAAUACAGCUCUCAACCAUCGCCGUGUUCUCAGCUAGGAUAAAAAUGCCACUGUUCACUGAUCUAAAUCUGGACCACAGCUAGAAACUACCUAGUUUUUGUAGCACUAGCUGCUGUACAAACACAAACGAAGGCAAGGAAUUACACACCAAGGAAUGUGAGCUGUGUAUAUGUGAAAUGGACCAUUAUUUUGAAGCAGCUGCAGUAAAAUCUUAAUACGAACUCAGAAGCAAACACAAUGCAAAUUUUUAUGGUUUCUUUAAAAUAUUUGAUGGGUUUUCAUUUUCUUAGUUUGGAGAAAAUUUUCUUAAUGUUAUUUUAUUUUUGCUCUUACUGUAAAGAAUAAAAAUACACAACUCUAGACAGACUACAAAUGAAAAAAAAGUGGCCAGUUGGCAGGAAUGCCAAAACUUCUGUGGUCUGUAUUGUUUCUGUGGUGACACUAUGCUGCUGUCGGUGAGCUACUGGAGUGGUGUGAUGGCUCAGAAGUGAGGCUGAAGCACAAGAUGCAGGUGUUGAGCCACCAAGACUUCAGUGGGAGCAUGACUGGGCCAAUUUGGAUCAGUCAAAAGACAGAGCAUAAGGAAAUAAAAGACACCUUUUCCUGACAGAAGAGAAGCAAGAAACCAAAACCAGCCCAUUGGGCGAUGGUGCUGAAUCACUACAAACAUUUUUAUCUAGACCCUGCUGGUGCAGGUUCCUGCUGGACCAAGCCUUGCUCCUAAUUCAGCUGGGGAGGCUUGCUCCAAGCCUAUGGUGCUGGCAGGGUCAGGCCAGCAGAACCUGAAGCUUUGUUAAAUAAACCCAAAAAACAGAAAACAACAACAAAAACAAGAAUAAAACCCCAAAACCACAAAAAAAAAAAAAAAAAAAAAAAAACACCAAAAACCAAAAAAACAAAAAACAAGGAAGGAGAAAGCAAAUGCCACUGGGUAAGUGGCAGUUUUGCCUGCCUGAGAAUGCAGAGUGGCUGGUCUGUCCUGAACACUAAUCUCUAUGUCUUGGACCCGUGUGAAUCUCUUGCUCCAGCCCCUCUCCCACACAUUCCAGGCAGAGUGCACUGAAAAAGUGACUGAAGCAGCUGCUCUCCUCUGGGGAGCCAAGCACUUUGCCAUGUCUGAAAGUCUCUAGCACUUACUUUCUUUACUGUGAUUGUAAAGGUCACCACAUGCAGUACAGCCACUUGAUCUGGGAUCUUUUCUUAACACAUUUUUAUGCUGAUUUUACUAUUCUUUGUUUGGAAUGUAAUUUUUUUUCUCAUUUCUUCUGUGUGUAACAGCAAUUAAAAUAUUAAUUUACUCUGUAUUUUUACUGUGCAGAUA